CCUUUUUUUUAUUAGCCUAAUCAAUUCAGCAAGACGCCAGCUCCAGACUCCAUAUCUUCAUUCUCACUCCAACAUGGCUGCAUCAAUCUCUAAGAUCCUCAUAGCCUUUCCCAAAUCCGAAUCCACUUUCUUUUUCGGAUUCAAUUCCAACCACCUCAAAUUCCAAACAACAAACCCACAAACCCUAACAACAAAAAAACUCACCACAAAAUGCACCUCAUCCCAAAUCAACACCAUCACACAACUCCAAUCACAAAACAUAAAACAAUCAUCAAAACUAACCGAACUUCCCAUAGAAAAAGCAUGGCGAAAAAUCCACGGUGAAGAUGAUUGGGUUGGCCUUCUAGAUCCAAUGGACCCAAUAAUGCGAUCUGAACUAAUCCGUUACGGAGAAAAGUCCCAAGCCUGUUAUGAUGCAUUUGAUUUUGAUCCAUAUUCAAAAUAUUGUGGUAGUUGCAAACACCCACACCUUGAAUUUUUCCCAUCCUUAGAUCUUCCACACAUAGGGUAUGACGUUACACGCUACCUCUACGCCACAGCAAAUGUUAACGUCCCAGAUUUCUUCAAGAAAUCUCGAUGGCCAGAUAAAUAUUGGAGCGAACACGCGAAUUGGAUGGGAUACAUAGCUGUUUCAAACGAUGAAGCAACAAAACAAAUAGGUCGUAGAGACAUCGUUAUUGCUUGGCGAGGAACCGUUACUCAUGUUGAAUGGGUAGCCAAUCUUCAAAAUUACCUUAAACCUCUUUACAAAGACAUUCCUUGUCCGGACAACGACGUUCGAGUAGAAGCAGGUUUUCUCGAUAUGUACACCGAUAGACACAUAAAAGACGGUUAUUGUAAAUAUUCCGCAAGAGAACAAGUUUUAGGGGAAGUGAGAAGGUUGUUAGCGAAAUUUCCUAACGAAGAAGUUAGUAUUACGUUAACGGGACAUAGUUUAGGAAGUGCUAUGGCAACAUUAAGUGCGUUUGAUAUAGCGGAAACAGGGUUAAAUGUUAGGGAAAAUGGUGAAAAAAUUCAUGUUUCUGUUUUUUCAUUUUCUGGACCUAGAGUUGGGAACGUGAAAUUCAAAGGGAGGUUGGAGAAACAUUUAGGGGUUAAGAUUUUGAGGGUUCAUAAUAAGCAUGAUAUGGUGCCAAAGUCACCAGGGUUUCUUAUUAAUGAGAAGUCACCGGCGUGGUUAUUAAAGUUUGCUGAAGAUAUUGAUAUUCCAUGGUGUUAUACUCAUGUUGGAGUUGAAUUAGAAUUGGACCACAAGAUAUCUCCAUUUUUGAAUCCUAAUGCUGAUGCUGCAUGUGCUCAUAACUUGGAAGCCCACUUGCACAUACUCGAUGGAUACCAUGGGAGCAACCGUGGAUAUGAAGCAACAACUGAUAGGGACAUUGCUUUGGUGAAUAAGUCUUGUGACUUUGUGAAAGAUGAACACUAUGUGCCACCAAAUUGGAGGCAAGAUUUGAACAGAAAUAUGGUGAAGACUGAAGAUGGACGUUGGAUGCUGGCUCAUCGCCCACAAGUUGUUGAUACUCAUCAUGAAGACCUUGAACCACAUCUCUCCCAGAUAGGACUCAUCUCUUCAUCUAAUAAAUAAAAGCUAGUUGAUUAAUUGAAUGGAUCCAUGUGAUAAUGAUAUAUAUAGAGUGGUAACAUAUUGUAAUUUGGGUGCACGUCAAUCUUCUCUGACGCUGUGUAUGCUAUACUACUAUAUGGUAUUAGUGAAAAAAAAUGUGCAUUAAAUUUUAGUGUUUACAAAUGUAAUUCAGAGAGAAAUCUUUUUUA